UAUUUAUAAAGAAAGAUGCGGAGAAACGUUGCACGCAUUAGUUCAGAAGGACACGAAACAAUAACGAUGAAGAUUAUUUUUGCGUUGUUCGUCGCUUUGGUGGUGUUGUUUUCCACCACACUGGCCAGAAGAAUAAUCUGUGACAUGCCAAACGAGGAGUAUCAGUGCGGAUCAGCUUGUCAAACUACUUGCGACAAUCUAGGUCAACCAUGUCCAAUCGUGAACAUCAGAUGUAACGAUGAUUGUUAUUGCAAAGAUGGCUACGCUAGGAACAGAAGGGAUAUCUGCAUCCCCAUAAAGUAUUGUCCUAAAAAGUGAAGUAAUUCCGGUAGACCAAGGUUCCAUUUGUGAAAUUAUUGAUUUUGGAAUUGUAAUGACGCGAAUAAAUUGAUUAUUUCGAUGAAAAACCAA